UGUUGACCUACUCGUUGCUGAUUUACGACUUGACCUCUUGAUAAACCCCAGACGAAAUGGAAGAGGAGGAGCGACCCCGGAAAUUAGCCAAGCUGGACAAUCAAUCUCAGGAGGAACCUGCGCCCGCAGUGACCGGUACUGUGGGAGGGGCCCCCGCUGACAAUGCCGAGCCUGCAGAUACCGCCAUGACGCUGGACAAGACCUCCCCUGCGGCCAAGGAUGAGAAGGACGGCGGCGAAAACCCCACGGAGGGAGAGGGCGCGGCUGCGGACGACAAUGCCGCCCAGCCAAUGUCGAAGAGUCAAAUGAAGAAGCGCCGCCGCCAGCAGCUGUGGGAAGAGAAGCGGGGGGAUCGCAAACAACACCGCAAGGACCAGAACAGGGCGAGAAAGGAGAAACGGCGGGCCGCUAUCAAACAGGCGAAAGAGAACGGGGAGGAGGCAUUCCAGGAACUGAGACACAGCUACAUGAAGACCAAGUAUCGGAUCAAACGGUCGACCUUGCUUCCGGUCACCUUCCUCGUCGAUUGCGGGUUCGAUGACUUGAUGGAUCCGAAGGAGCGCAUCUCCCUGGGAUCGCAGCUCACCCGAGCCUAUUCGGACAACAGUCGGGCACCGUACCGCUCACACUAUGUGAUCUCGUCGUUCAACAAGCAGUUGAAGGAGCGGUUUGACACCGUCCUGGCCCAGUCGCAUCUCAAGUGGCGCGGUGUACGUAUCCUGGAGGAGGACGAUUUCAUGUCCGCUGCCGAAAAGGCCAAGGAGUGGAUGACCGAACCCAACGGGGGGGAACUGGCGGGGGCGUUUGCGGACCAAACGGACGCCAAACCGGAAGAUGGGGAGAUUGUCUACCUGACCAGUGACAGUCCCGAUACGCUGACGGAGCUGAAACCUUACAGUACCUACAUUGUGGGAGGAUUGGUGGACAAGAACCGGUACAAGGGGAUCUGCUACAAACAAGCGGUCGAGCGGGGCCUCAAGACCGCCAAAUUACCGAUCGGGGACUAUAUCCAGAUGAGCCAUCGCCAGGUGUUGGCGACCAACCAUGUGGUGGAAAUCAUGAUCAACUGGCUGGAACUGAAAGACUGGGGUCAAGCGUUCAUGAAGGCCAUUCCGCUGCGAAAGGGUGGGACGCUGAAGGCCUCCGAGUCGCCUGCGCCGCGCGAUGGGGGUGGUGAAGCGGAAGUGGUCGAGAAUGAAGAGGCAGCUGUAGAGGAGGCAGUUGCAGAGGAGGCAGCUGCACAGGAGGCCGCUACGGAGACGGUGGAAGCUAGUGCUGAACACGCGUGAAAUAAAC